ACAAGCCUGCUUAAAUUGCUCUUGCAGAGCCCUGUAAGUAGCUGUCCUUGUGGCUCCACAUACUGACCCCUGCCUGGCCUCACUCCCCACAGGAUGGGUCUGCUCCUCCCGCUGGUGCUCUACGCCCUGGUCGUGGGCUGCGGGGCUACAUCUCCACCCCAGCCGCUGCCCCCUAGAUCCUCGCUUCUCCUCUCCCAUGCCUGCAACAGCUCUUAUGUGCUGGAUGUUGUGAACCUCGUCCUGCAGGAGAUCAACAGGAACCAGAAGGACGGCUACGUGCUGAGCCCCAACCGAGUGAGCGAUGUCCGCGAACACAGACAGGCAAGUGGCCUGGGAUCUCUGUUCUAUCUCACGCUGGACGUGGUAGAGUCUAGCUGCCAUGUGCUCAGUAAGAUGUCAUGGAAGGACUGUGGGCUGACGCCAUUCCAUGAAUCGGAAUAUGGUCAAUGCAAAGCAAUAUUUUACAUCAAUAAGGCAAGAAGAAUUCACUAUUUACCUGCUUAUAACUGUAUUCUUCGCCCAGUUUCUCCUGGACAGAUUGUCACGCUAUGCCCUGACUGCCCCACCCCGGUGAACAUGUCAGAUACCAAAGUCUUGGAAGCUGCCACCAAGUCUCUCGAAGAGUUCAAUAAAAGGAGAACCUCAAAGAAGUAUUCACUGGUCAAAGUUACCAGGGCUCUCUUUCAGUGGGUGUUUGGCCCUGCCUACUUUGUGGAAUAUUUAAUCAAAGAGUCACCGUGUACCAAAUCUCAGGCUAGCAGCUGCGCACUCCAGCCCCCUAACCCUGAGCCUGUUGGUAUUUGCAGUGGUUCUCGGAGUGAAAGAGGCCCUGAAAAGUUUGUCUCCGUGAGGUGUAGCUUCUUUAAAUCACAGGCUCCCACCCCUGGAGGUGCAUACUCUACUGCUAGCCGAGGUGACCCCACCAAGGUGGAAGAGCCCCAGCAGGAAAGCACAGCCUCUGCCAAGCCUGUGCCAAACGGAUCUGUCCAGCACCUUCCCGGAUUGGGUGAUAAGCCUAAAGGUUCCCCGGAAACAGGCCCUGAGGAGGCCUUCCCUGUACGGGUGGAUCUAACUUCGAAUCCUCAAGGAGAACCGCUGGAUGUCUCCUUCCUCUUCCCAGAGCCUGUGGAGAAGGACCUGGUUGUUCUGCCUUUCCCCUCAAAAGAAUGGCGCUCUGCUGAAUGCCCAGGACCAGCUCGGGUUUCCAACCCUCUUGUUCUCCCGCCAUGAAAAUGAAGUAGGGGAUUCCUGGGAACACAGGGCCCUGCAGAAGAUGAGGGGUGGUGGAGAAGAGGGAUGGAGAGUUCAAACAGAGAGAGGGCUAAUAAAGUGCAUCUUUUUGACUCUU